AUGCCAGUGGGUUUAGGUGGUGGAGGAGGGGAGGGCCCACGAGUUAGUGGAGAGGAAUCACGAAGUGGUAAGGAGGGUGGACGGGGUGGAGGGGUGGGUUCACGAGGAGGUGGGAAAGGUGGAGGGGGUGGAGGGGUGGGUUCACGAGGAGGUGGGAAAGGUGGAGGGGGUGGAGGGGUGGGUUCACGAGGAGCUGGGGAGGGUGGAUGGGAUGGAGGGGAGGGUUCACGUGGUGUAGAAGGGACAGCCAAAGGUGGGGAAGAAGAGGGGUUGGUGGGGGCAGAGAGCACGAGGUCGGGGAGGGAGGGUUCGAGAUUUAGGGGCAGAGAAAGUUGGGCUUCAGGGAGGAUGGUGUCUGGGAUAGUGAGGGCGGGGUGGUCGGGAGAGGGAGGGGCAGAGGAGUCAGAUGUUUUAGGGGACUGGGUAGGAGGCGAUUGCGACAGCGAAGGGCGUAUAGGCAUUUAG